GGCUCAACUCGGCUAUGUUUAUUUACGCUCGCGGACCGUUGACCACACAAACUGAUAUGUGAGUGCAAACAGUCCGCGCGACCCAGACAGCUCGUAUUUUUGGGCAUAGACCGUGAUGGUGCCUCCUAGAAAGCGAUUGCGAACGACAGAUCUUGAGAAUCGCCGGACGAAGCAGGACAAUGGCCUUGAAGGACAUGAGCGUCAGAUCAAUCAUUCAAAUACCGAUUUCGACUUUCACGAAGAAGACGACGAGCAGUCCCGGAGAGGAACGAAGGCAACGAAUUCAGAUAAAGUGCCGGUACUAACCAUAGACUCAGACGACUCAGAUACCAACUACAGGUCGCCAAACAUCGCCAAGGCGAAGACCAAAGCACCCCAAAGAUCAACAACUCAACGGACAACAGCGAGCAAGAAAAGCUUACCAAGUAAGCAACAGUCAUCUCUAUCAGCAGCUUUUGCAAAUGCGCAGUCUACACAUGGCCUUGCACAAAAGGCAAAAUCGCUUGUGCCGCUGCCGUCGACAAAAAAGGUCCAACGCACCAAAGUCAAGCGAUCUCGCAGCGUUUCUGCGCAGGACGACUAUAAUGACGCUGCAAUUGAAGAGAUCGACGACUUUUCCUCGCAAGGAUCCGAUUCUGACCAAACAGACAAAGUCGCAACCACCAAGAAAUCUUUGAUGCAGAAAGCGAAAUCUCGACGACCGAUAUUCCGGCCUAAAAGCAUUCACCAGUCUUCAGGUUCAGAUUCCUCGAUCGCGCAGAGCUUUGAUAGCAAACAACUGGCUAGUCAAACUAGCGAAAUGAAAUCAAAACAUACAGACAUAUUAUGGACGGAGAAAUACACACCCCGGGAUUCCUCUACAAUAGCUCUACACAAUCGAAAAUACAAAGAUGUAAAGACGUGGUUGGAGCUCGCACUUUCCGGCCGUCUCCCUCAGCGAGUUCUUGUGCUGGCCGGACCCCCAGGCAGUUCCAAAACAGCCGCGAUCUCCGUUCUCGCGCGGGAGCUUGAUUUCGACAUUGUCGAGUGGACAGAGCCACCAUCGCUGGACUAUGACUCUGGGAUCGGAUACGAAUCCAUGUCUUCGCGCUUUGCGGAGUUUCUGGCUGGUAUACAGCAGUUUGGGUUUGCACAGACUGCCGCGGUCGACGAUGAAGAAGAGGAGAUGGUAUUUGAUCUACGAUCUUCAGCCGUCAAAGAGCGAAAGAAAGUUGUUGUUAUUGAGGAUAUCCCUAGUGCAGUCUUGACAAACAAAGACUUCCGUGCUAAGUUUGUGGAGGCCGUAUCCGCGUAUAUAUAUUCAGACACCCGAUCAUCGCCGCCCCUGAUUUUCAUCAUUUCCGAAAUCGAUCAAAAGGAAGACUCGCUUUCGGCGCGGCAGUCGGCUUUUACAGCCGACAAUAUUCUUGGCCGAGAGAUUAUGUCUAAUCUGAGACUGGCAAAGAUCCAGUUCAAUCCCGUGAAUAUGAGCCUGGUGACUCGCAGCCUUAAGGAAAUAGCAGUGAAGGAGGGUUUGAUGUCUGGCAAGAAAAGUGAUAAGUCGAGGUCAAAUGCAAAAGUAAUAGAACUCAUCUCGACACUUGCUGAACUGGGCGAUAUUCGCUCGGCGAUUAAUGCACUACAGAUGUGGGCGGUCUCGCGGGGCGAGUUUUUGCCGUCGAUCAGAGAUAGCAAUAUGGAGAUUUUUCACGCGGUGGGGAAAGUGAUCUACAACAAGACAGACAACGAGACGGAUCCUAAUACCCUGAUUGAAACAAUAUCGCAGUCUGUGACCACCAGUCAGUUCAUCGGGACCGUGUUUGAAAACUAUCCGCCUUCCUGCCCUACCCCCUCAAUGCUGGAGUCGUGCUCUCACCAACUAUCCGACGCAGACCUAUUCUACGCAACAAGUUCUUCAGGAUUUCACAGAACAGCGCGGAUAGCCAGCCGAUACGCCAGUCGGAGCGACUCGAACAUGGAAGAAGACCUGAUUGCAUCCAUAAUAGCCGCCCGAGGCGUCAUGAACAGUCUACCUCCCCAGCCAAUCUCGCGGAUCGCAGUCUCGAUCAAGGAUUUUGUCUCUCCUCUCGCUGGCGGUGGGCGCAAGCGAAACUGGAGUUCACUGGGCGGCAAGGAUGGCGGGUCUACAAGUAAUCAGAUAUGCAUGCCGUUGGAGUACUCUGUAUACAAGCGGCAAUCGACUCUGCUUCCUGAGAUUCAGAGUAUACAGGCAACGAGGAAAGUGCAUCCCGACGGCGACGUAGUAGGCGGGGCAUUGAGCGCAUUUGAGAACCGGUCCCAGUUCAUGACCGAGACGUGUUUCUGGUCCGCGCUGAUCGCAAAGGAUAGCAAACUUCGACGGCUUGGAGGUGAAUAUUCAAUCACUGGAGCUUCUAAUCUCGAUCUUGGCAACGGUGGUGAUAAUGAACCGGAAGCGGAAGUUUCUGCGACAGAAAGGACAGCAUAUGACUGGAGUAAUCUGGCGGGCGGCAAAAGUAUGAAAUUGUACAUAUCUGACGACGAUAUUGAUGAGGAUAGCGACUACGACCUCAUAGACGAAGAGAUCGAUGAAGAGUUUUUAAUCGAUGAAGAGCUUUUACAGACCUGAGUCGUUGUAUGAUAGUUAUAGAGGCCUACGGAUGAAAAAAUGAGAUAUAAACAGAUAAACUCGAUAUAUCGUGACCGAAAAUACUACAACAAAACUAACCACACACACGCACACUUGUCUACAC